GCUGCCAGCCCUUGUGCAGCCUGCAAGGGCUCAAACCAAGAAUGCCGGCCUUACCAGCGCGGCGAUGGCGUUGAUGCGAGAACUGCGAUGCCGUAGCGAGCACUCGCCCAGCGCUGCGAUGCCGUAGCUCGGCGAGCACUGCGCUGCAGCCGUGGUUUGGCUUGUAGGCUAGUGUCUUACAGGACGCUAGCGCGCAGGCACGGGGCCGGGGACAUCACGGGGUAGUUUGCACGGUUUCGUGACUUUUGGGAACGGUAUAAGACUCUCAAAGCAGAGGCAGGAAUCUUUAGUGGUAUAAAAGGACGCUGCUGUGCUGCCAGUCUCAGAGGCUGCAUAGCCUCUGCACGCCACCGCCGCAACAUGCUACUACUCGCAUUGCUGGCAUCAGCCGCCGCGCUGCAAUGCGCACCCGUCGCGCGACGACGAGAAACAGCGCUGCGCCUCGCGCCGCGCCACGUCCUCGAGGCCGAGUUCGCGGCAAAAGCCACCGACGGAUUGAUGGACUUGGAGGCCGCGAAGAGUACGAAGCAGAUCGCCGCGGAGCUCGCGGGCGGCAACCUUGACUAUGAAGAACUCGAGGAGCUCUGGGGCCCCGGUUCGAGGGACGUGGACGGCUUCGUCGGCGUCUGCCGUGCUGUCGACGACUUCUUCGAGAAGGACGGCAUCGAAGAGGUGCCUUUGACAGAUGAACCGGAGGGCGCGACGGUCGGCGAGCGACUCCGACGGGGCGAGGUCGUGCUGAGGGUGGAGAACGCGUGCACUUUAGAUGAUUGCAACUUUCUCUACGGCAAGUGCACGGAGACCUUUGAAAAAUACCGGGCUUUCCAUGGAAGACCACCGACGAAUGGGAGAGGGAGGUUUGCCGUCGCCGACAGCGAAGCCUUCGAUUUUGACGUGGUUUCCAAUGCGGAGGCCGUGUUUUUGAAUGUCCUAGAUGCGUUGGACGCGAAGAUGCCGGAUAUUUAUGAUCAAUUAUUUGCUCCUGGUGUUGACUGGGUGGCGCGGCAACCAACAACCGGACCGCGAUCAAAUCAAAUGGACCGGCCGCGGCCCGACGAGUCGUUGUCGCAGCGGUGUCCGACGUUGCGCGAUUUAUAUAUGGCCGGUGAAUUGGAGUGGUCCGAAGGCGAACCGGCCAUGAAUUUAUACGAGGCGCCGGGCCUCUUCGGCGCCCACAAGGACCACAUGGCGCUCACCGUGCUGGUCCCGUUGACGGCGCCGAGCGCCUUCGCCGGUGGUGGGACCGGGUUCUGGGGACCCGCUUCAUCAUCAGCCUCCGCCGACGGCUCGAACCCCGACGGCGACGCCGUCGUCGUGACGCCGUCCGCGGGCGACGCCCUCGUGUUCGGCGGCGACGUGACGCACGGCGGCAUGCUGAUCACGGCGGGUCGUAGAAGCGUGCUCGUGGCGUCCUUCUCGACGCGGACGCCGGACUCGCCUCCAGAUAGGACGUACGGCCUCCAGCCGGCGCCGGCCGAGGCGGCCGGGUCCCUGCGGCGUAAUUGGUAG